AUGGGAGGUGGCCAGUCCAUUGAAGUGGGUGGGUUUCGCAUCUUCAAAGUCAAUCCGGGUAGCCCGGCUGCCGAAGCUGGCCUGGAAGUCUUCUUCGACUUCAUCUUGGAGAUCGAUGGCGUGCUUAUGGAUGCAGAUCAGGCCACUUUUGCCAAAGCCAUCCAAGAAUCGGAGAACCAGCGGACGAAGCUGGUUGUCCACAACAUCCGAACGCAUACGGCACGGGAUGUCUAUGUCACACCUAGGCGCUGGGGUGGUGCUGGCCUCUUAGGCGCUGUUGUCCGCUACGACACCUUGGAAAGUGCCGAAGGGCAGGGCAUGCGCGUGCUGACCGUCUUCCCUGACUCGCCGGCAGAAGCUGCGGGAUUAGUACCAAACAAGGACUUGUCGUUGCACCUUGUUUGUGCUGACACUGCGAGUGAACGAAGCAAUGUGGAAGCUGCAGGACUUCCUCCUCGGAACGACCGAGGUGAUGUUCAGAGAUAUGGAUGCUUUGCCGCAAUUUAA